GCUUGCAUCGACGAGAACAUGGAGGUGGUGCAGUUCUUAGUGGAGAGCGGUGCUGAUGUCAACCAGGCGGACAAUGAGGGCUGGACCCCGCUGCACGUGGCUGCGUCCUGCGGCUACCGGGACAUCGCUGAGUACCUGCUGGCGCACGGGGCCGAUGUGGCGGCAGUGACGAGUGACGGCGAGCUGCCGCUGGAGGUGGCCGAGGACGAAGGGCUGGAGGAGCUGCUGCGGGCGGAGGUGGUGCGCAGAGGGGUGGACGUGGCAGCGGCCAAGCGGGCGGAAGAGGAGCGGAUGCUGCGGGACACGCGGCGCUGGUUGGACGCUGGAGAGAUCCGUGAUGCACGGCACCCGGCCACUGGGGCCAGCGCCCUGCACGUGGCGGCCGCCAAGGGCUACAUUGAGGUCAUGAGGCUGCUGCUGCAGGCAGGCUAUGACCCCGAUGUGCGGGACAAGGACGGGUGGACCCCGCUGCACGCGGCUGCGCACUGGGGCGUGGAGGAGGCCUGCAGGCUGCUGGCCGAGCACCUCUGCGACAUGGCCCCCCGCAACAACGUGGGGCAGCGUCCUUGCGACCUUGCAGAUGAGGAGACCCUUCCCCUCCUGGAGGAGCUGCAGCGGCGGCAGCACCAUCUCCGCUCUCAAAAAGACCCAGGGACCCCUCCAGCCCCAAUAACUCUGGACCCCGAUGGAGCACCAGCUUCCACCUGGAGCAGUAAGCACCGCCGGAGCUCAGUGUGCCGCAUGAGCAGCCGCGAGAAGAUGUCAGUACAGGAUCAGUCCAAGGAGCGCCCGGUGCUGGGGGUCCUGCCCCCCCCCGGGGACGAGGACAGCGGCGAUGAGGGGGAGGCCCCUCCCCAGCUGGGUCCUCCCAUGGAGCUGGCCCCACUGAGCCCCCCCAAUGGGGUCCCUGCUGGCCCCCCCAUGAAGGGCCCCUACACUGGACUGUGCCGCACUGGCAGUUUGGGGGCGCUGCCCCAUCCCGUCCCCCCCCCGGAUGGUGGUGUCCGUCGCUCCGCCUCCUCCCCCCGCCUGGACUCCGCCCCCCAGAGUAAAGAGCCGCGCUUGGCCCGUGUCUCCCCCACUCCCUCGCACCGGACUCCCUCUGACGCCGUCCCAUCAAACCCCCUGGAUGGAGGCCCCCAGGUGAAGGUGGAUGCAGAGCCCCGGCCCCGCAG